ACCAAGGAUGUCUCUGCCCAAGCGCAUCAUCAAGGAGACGGAGCGGCUCGUGGCCGAUCCGGCGCCUGGCAUCACUGCCACCCCUCACGAGGACAAUCUGCGAUACUUUGACGUUGUCAUCUCCGGACCGUCGCAAAGCCCUUUUGAAGGAGGCUCAUUCAAGCUCGAGCUCUUUCUUCCCGAGGAGUACCCCAUGGCACCUCCAAAGGUCCGGUUCCUCACUAAGAUCUAUCACCCCAAUAUUGACAAACUCGGCCGCAUCUGUCUCGACAUUCUCAAAGACAAAUGGUCACCAGCGCUUCAGAUUCGCACUGUUCUUCUCUCAAUCCAGGCGCUUCUCUCGGCACCAAACCCAGAUGACCCGCUCGCCAACGACGUUGCAGAGCACUACAAGACAGACGAAAAGGGAGCGAUUGAGAUGAGCCGGCAGUGGACAGCGCAGUACGCGAAGUGACAGAGUCACCCCUCGUCAAUAGAUUGUAUCCUCACUCAGCUUUCGAGAAUCGAGACAUCCCACAAUGUAUCUCAACAUUUGAGCGGAGAGUGCGUGGUAGCCUUCUCCUCAGGAGCAUCUCACAGACUUCGCCGCCUUUCCAUGCACACAAGUCGAGCUAGCGGUCUGCUUUCCUUAGCUGCGAUUAUGAGGAUACGAAUGACAUUACGCUCAGCGGCUGGCAAAUAGCUAAAUACAGUGAUAAUUGUUGCGCUUUCGAAUGAUAUAUGC